UCCACCCUGCCUAGCACCAAACCACAAACAACCAUAUAACCUUAAAACACACUUUAUCCUCUUCUUCUUCAUUUCCCUCAAACACAACAACAACAACAAACAAUGGAAUCACCAAAAGAUUUAGAACAACAACAAACCACCCAUGAUUCCGAAAAAACCCAAACAGAAGAAAUAACAACCACCCAAAUUCUCCCAAUCACUCCUUUCACUUCCAUCACUCUUUCUUUAUCAUCAUCUCUUCUUCCAACCCAUUUCGUUUCUCCCCCUCCCCCAACCCCUCAAACCCAACCCAAAUUCCUCAAACUCAAAAUCCCACAUCAAAUUUCAUCUAUAUACAAAAAUCUGUAUCUAUCUUCCAAUUCCCUCAACCAAACCAAGAAAAAGCCCACAUUUUCUUCAAACCCUUUUCAAAACCCUUUAUCCUUAAACCCUCGCAGACCCACUGACCCGUCGUCCGCUUUCGGCGCACGACGGGCCUCUGUCGUCUGGUUUCGUAACGAUUUACGUGUUUUCGAUAACGAGUGUUUGGCUACUGCCAACAAUGAGUCAAUGUCUGUGUUGCCUGUUUACGUUUUUGACCCACGAGACUAUGGGAAGUCGAGUUCCGGGUUUGAUAAGACUGGUCCGUACAGGGCUAGUUUUUUGAUCGAGUCUGUUGAGAAUUUGAGGAAGAAUUUAGAAGCUAGAGGGUCGGGUUUAGUCGUACGGAUAGGAAAACCCGAGACGGUUUUAGCUGAGUUGGUUAAGGAUGUUGGUGCUGAAACUGUGUAUGCACAUAGAGAAGUUUCUCAUGAUGAAGUUAAAGGUGAGGAGAAGAUUGAAAUGAAGUUGAAAGAUGAGGGGGUGGAAGUUAAGUAUUUUUGGGGAAGUACAUUGUAUCAUAUCGAUGAUUUGCCGUUUAAAUUGGAAGAAAUGCCCACGAAUUAUGGCGGGUUUAGGGAGAAAGUUCAAGGGCUGAAGAUUAGGAAAACGAUUGACGCGCUUGAUCAGUUGAGAGGGUUGCCUGCUGGUGGUAAUGUUGAGCUUGGUGAGAUUCCGUCUUUGGUUGAUUUGGGUCUUAAUCCUACCGCUACUAUGAAUCAGGCUAAAGCAAAUGCUAAUACAUCGCUUGUUGGAGGUGAGAGCGAAGCGUUAGAAAGGCUUAAAAAGUUUGCUUCUGAAUGUAAAGCACAGCCUAAUAAAGAUGGAAGUAAUGAUAGCAGUAUUUAUGGUGCAAAUUUUUCAUGUAAGAUUUCACCAUGGCUUGCAAUGGGGUGUCUUUCGCCACGUUCUAUGUUUGACGAGUUAAAAAAGUCUGCCUCUAGAACGAUUUCUGCUGCAUCAAACAAGAAAGAUGGCGGCGGCGGUGGUGGUGGUGAUGGUGGGAUGAACUGGCUGAUGUAUGAGCUCUUAUGGAGGGAUUUCUUCAGAUUCAUAACCAAGAAAUACAGUUCUGCAAAACAAAAUAAUGCUGCCCCAGUCACAGCUUGUACAGGUGCAAUGGCAUGAGGAAUCAAAGUUUCAAGAGCAUGAACACAUUUACUGGCAAACUGGUCGAUCGAAGCAUGUUUUUUGGUUCUUUAGAAUGUAGUGUUAUUCGAGGUGCUUUAUAAGUUCAGCUCUGAACCAUAUAUAUUAUGUGUAGUUGCAUUCGUGUAAACAUUAUUUUGAUGAGAUUUGAACUCCACCCUACUAAAAGAGCAUUUGAUCA